AUGCCAAUGCUUUUUAAUGAUGUGAUUGAGUACAAUGCCAAUCCAAACUGUUUGCAUUCAUAUUAUGGAAUUGCCAAUGCGACAUCCAAUGAUGCUAAAACACUUACAAUGUAUCUAGAGUUCUGGGAAAGCGCACUGAAAGUCGGUUUAGCAAAUGAUUCCGACUUAACCCAACUAUUUGCAAUGCUAGAUAAUUGCCAACCAAUUGAUAAUCCUGGCGUUAAAGCUUGUUCUUCUGACAUUGAGAAAGAUUCUUUAUCUUAUGCCUUGGUUAAUGUUAUAAAAGAACUUGAAUAUCGCCAUCGGGUUAUUCAUGAUUAUAUUGCAAAACUAGAAGGUGUAACUGAGGGUGUCCCGGGAGUCACUCUUGCUUCUUUGCUUAGAACAUCAAAUGAGGAGGAUAUUGAGGAUAAGAUCAUAAUAGUUACAGAUGGGUUUCUUUUGGAUUAUUACAAUAUAGCGAUUGUGUAUAAUCCACUCAGACUUUGGGUGCAGAUUCCAAGUAAUAUCAAAGCAAUGGUUGAAUCUUGGAAGACAAUUGUCGACAACACAACGCUGCCCAGCUCGACUUUUUGUGCUCAGCAGCAGCUCAGACACUUCUUGUAUAGCAUGCUAAAACUGCGGCUACUGGGUGCCAACCUUUUAAACGUUCCUAAUACAACAGUAGGCGCCUAUGCCAAUAUUGCUGUCGACAGUCAAACACAGGACAUUGUCAAUUCUACUUCAAAAUUAGAUAUUGUUGAUAUGAUAAAAACCAUGCCAACAGACGAAGUAAUCGCGAAGAUAGCUAAGAAGGGUGAUAAUAUUUUCGCAGUAGAGACCUCUUAUACAUGGCUUUUAAAGAGGGCUGAGCUUUGGGAUCGGCUUAGUGAAGCCCGUCGUUUUUGCGAUCCUUCCCUACCAGAAGCAUAUAUGGACGUCCCGGUCGAACGGAUUAAACUAUGGGCUUCAGAUCUGAGGAUUCUACUAGAGCACUUUCAAACUCUCGCGGAGAAGACAAAACAACUGCAAACUAAGCUUAAACCAUACUUAACAAAUAACAAGACGGCCACCAGUAUUCACGAGUGUAUAGAAUAUGCAUCCGCUACUCCACUACCUACUUCUACUCUCAGACCUUAA